UAACGGUAAUAUUUUCCGGGGCGUGUUUUCUAUGAUCACGGCUUUCUUUUCGGAUCCAAUCAGAAUCUGAGGUGCAACUUUUAAAUCUGUUCCGAGUCAACAGUCUUCUGUGUAGCAAUGAAGCUACUACAUUAUUCUCUUAAGUAAUAAGUAAGUUUAGGUUAUUAUGGAGAACAUUCACCAGGAGCAGGCUUGCAGCACUGGGCUAAGGAUAUCCAUCCUCCGGAGAAAUGCGUCAGACUUAUUAUCAGACCUGCGGUCCCAUUCCUCAGUUUGGAAUAUUGCCGAUGAGACCUUUCCCUACAUGUCAGGAAUUUUUGAUGAGACUAUUGAUCCUUCUUUCAUGUCAGAUGGACCAGUAGCAUUCAAAAAUUUGCGUGAUCAGGAACAGUUAAAAACAGUUACAAAUGCUCAAGAUGAUGUUAUUUCAGGAAAUCAAGCAAAUGCUGCAUACGACAGCUGGCUUAGUAUGCCAGUAGAGAAUGAUCAUUCAGUAGAUUUCAGCAUGUCAAUUACAUCUGCACAGGAAGUCUGUGAAGGCAUUAACAAUGUAACCGAAACCAAUCCAAAGGGAGAUGUACCUGAUGUCAGCUGUCAUUCCGUAGAGGUCACAGGUUGUACAGAAAAAUCAAAGAAUAGUACUUUUGAUCUGGCUAAAGACCGUAAAGAGAGAUUUUCUGGAUUGAAUUUGACCAAACCUGUUCCAAAUGAAUCAACAGGGUCAAGCAAUGUUACAUUUGAAAAGUCAGUAGAACUUCAAGAAAAGACUUCUGGGCUUAGUUGUACUAUUUCUAAUGAUGAUGCAAGUGUGGAAGAAAAUUAUUUAAAUGAAAAACGUUUAAAUUCAACAGUUGAUGUUUGUGGCCUCUCCAAGUCUAAAACAGAGCAGACCGCUAAUCAGAAACUCAAUGGAACUGUAGAGAUUACUCAGUUAAACGGAGCUAAACAAGAGCAGAACAAUGAAGAACGUGUAUGUAGUAAGGACUGUGAAACGCAAAGCACUUUUACAAAGGCUACAGAGGAGACCAAUGCAACUGUUGACUUGACUGACUUAACUUCACCUCCAGAGCCUGUUCCUGAUUUGACAAAUGCCACUAUGAAUAUGAUCAAAAGCUCUAACACAGAAUUACCAACACAGUCCAAAACUAAAUGUUGCGCGACUGCAAAAGACACCCCUGUAUCUGGACCAUCGGCUCCAGUCAGUAAUACUGCACAAGUGAGAGUUGAUGUGACCGUUUGUUCUGAUGAAGCUCUAGUGUUUACUGAUGGUAAAGAAGAGCAACAGGACAUGUUUAGGAGAAGGAAUGGAACUUCUGAUGGUGAAGGUUACCUCAACUUGGACAGCAGCCAAAGUAGUACAUUUUCCCUGGAUGAGAUGCUGGAUUUGAAACCAUGUCCGUUAGUCGCAUCAACGCCUAUAGUCCUCGGAAGAGGCUUUGAAAGACUGGGCUCUGCAAGGCCCACAAAUAUACAAAAACAGCUCUCUGUGAUCAACAUUAUUAACACCCAGUUGACCGAUGACAUGGCUGGCGUUAGCGAGCAUGAAGGACCGGAUGUAUCAAAGUCGAAUCAGUUGUCUGUCAAGUCUGACACCUGUAGUCAGAUCCAGAAAGUUGCAGCAAAUGGCACGUCUAAUUCCACUACCUCUGAAGCAGCAUGUGUGAACAAACCUCUAUCGAAACUUGCAGUCAGAAGAAAAAUUCCCCAACCCUCUUUUAAAUCCAAUAUUCGCAAGACACAGCUCCCUCCAAGGCCUCACACCUUACAGGUAACAUCAGCGGUUGUUAAAUCAAAGAUUGCAGGAAAAGUCCAAGCUUUAAAUCAGCCAGAGACAUCUUCAUCUGCUCUGCACAGCAUGAAGAGGACAGUCCAGCUCAAUAAAGGGAAAAAUCUUGCUUCUGCAAAGAACAUUUCUACAGCUUCUACUCUCAAGUCUUCAUCUGCAGCUUUCUCCACCACUUCAUGUACUCUGACUGCAGAUAAAAAGGCUGGAAAUGUGUGUGAGACCUUGCCUAAACCCUCUGGGUUGCAACCCCCUGGUCGAGGGAGGUUUGGUUUUAGGCCACCUGGGAGUGCUGUUUCCUCGGAAGAAACUAGUCAUGCUCAGACGAACAACAAAACAACUGGUUUAUCAGGUAUAAAAACAAGGACUUCGCUGCUUCCAGGUUUUUCCCACAAGCAUGCAAGCAGUGAUGUCUUGCCAUCAGCCAAAAGGAAGAAAACUGAGCUGCAGAACCAGCCCUGCUGUGCUGAAGCUCCACCAGGCUCAGAGGCAACAGAAGGUGUUCAGAACGUUGCCACUCACACAGACCUCACAUCAAAGAGACCCAGUGCUGACUGUGGAAAGUAUGUACUACUUCAAGAGAAAUUACACAAACUUCAUGAAGAACUUGGGGGAUUUCUUCAAGAACUUCAACAGCCAGCAGACUGUGGAAAGUGUGUACUACUUCAACAGAAAUUACACAAACUUCAUGAACUUGGGGGAUUUCUUCAAGAACUUCAACAGCCAGCAGAUCAUCAUUAAGGAAGAGGAACUUGGCUGUCCUACAAACCUGAUGUAUUUUUAAUAAUAAAAUUUAAUAUUGUUCAUUAAAAAA